CGUCCAAACAGUUUAUUAUUGUGCAAGUGAAAUUUAUAAAACAAAGUGAUUAUUUUGAGAACAGUGAAAUUUUAGAUUGAGUUCAUAUAAAAAACUAAAAAAAUGCGAUCGUGUGUAUUCUGUAAAAAAAAAGAUAGAAAAUCAAACGAUUUAUCUUUUUUUAAAUUUCCAGCAGAUGAGAAAGUUCUCCAGCUCUGGAUAAAAAAUAUGAACUACGAGCCAAAUUGGAAACCGUCAAAAUAUCAUCAUUUAUGUUCUCAACAUUUUUCAAGCCAGUGCUUAGAUUUUCGUGAUCAACUUUUUCGUUUGCGAAAAGGCAGUAUUCCAACGAUUUUUGAUGGACAUAAUGAGAACUUACAUCACAAUUAUCGUCAGAUAUUGGAAAGCAACAAUCUGAAUCGUCAGGAUUCUGAUCGUUUACAAAAAAACCAUACAGCCACAUUAAUCACAAUUCUGGAAGCUGAGGAUUCAGAAUCUUCAAUGUGUUUGUAGGAGGAACAAAAAUCACGAAAUCAAUUUGCCGUUUAAUAUUUUCAAGGCGGAAUGAAUUUACGUAAAUUGUACAUUUUUCAUUGUUAAAAAAAUAAAAUUAG